AUGUCGAACUCUGAUACUUCGUCCCCCACCACUACCAGCGCCGUAGGUGGAGACAUCUUUGGCGAAUACACACUCGAUCAGCAACAUACUGGCAGCGAGGUAAAUACAGAUACAGAUACGAAUGGAGAGACAGAUUCAGAUUAUACAGACCCACCACCACCAUUACCGCCCAUCGUAACCAAUGAAGUCUACUCACGCAUACCCAUGCCAGUCGCUGGUAGUCGCCGGUCCUACAUUGUACCCCGCAGCGAAACUGGAUAUCACCAUGAUGAAGAUGAUAAUAACGAAGAUAUCGAUUAUGAUGAAUCUGCCACAGUCCACGCAGAAGAGGUGAGAGAGAGGUUCAGGAAGGGUGUGAGGAGGGUCAUUUGUGUGGUGCGGAUGAUGAAAGAGAUGCCUGGCGAAACGUGGAGAAAGAGUUUGGGGGAAACUUGGUAG